AUGGCGACUACAAACCAAUACCUUGACAUCAUCAUUGAAGAUGACAUGAAGUAUGACAUUCGUAUUGAAAAUGCUCAAAUGGAAAGCGGCGAAUUUUACAGACUGGGUAAUCCAAACGAUGUCCUAACCACCGAUGACAUUAAUGACAUGAGCAUUCGUCACAACGGUGGUAGUAGGGAGAUCUGUUCUAUAUGCGAGCCCGGUUCUAUGUUAGGACCUUCCGGCGCGAUCGACCUUGUGGACGAUGUGAGGGAUACAAGAAUUUGCACUCUCACUUGGCAUGCAACUCUGAAGCCCGGAGAACACAAUUCCUUCCUGAUACGUAAUCAAGAUCCCAAAUACCGAGUCGAUAUCGGAAAAUGGAAUGAAUCUGGGCCUAUUGGGGAAGUUCCGGUUUCUGUCAGCGAGAACUAA